CGCGCUUUUUUGCGCACAGCACCUUUGUGUGUAUGUGUGUGUGUUGUGCUAGCUGCUAAAGUAGCUGAAAGGUUGGCCUCGCCGCUCCUCCACAAAGACAGGGUUUGACGGGUACAGAUCGACGGUUGGGACCUCCAGAAGAGGAAGUGUCACCUGCAACCGCGUUGUGUUAAGCACCAAACUUUACCAUGGGCAAAAAGUCUCGCGGAGAAGAGUCUUCAUCCUCUGAUGAGGAAGAAUAUGUUGUGGAAAAAGUGCUGGACAGGAGGGUGGUGAAAGGAAGGGUUGAGUUCUUCCUAAAGUGGAAGGGAUACUCGGACAAGCACAACACAUGGGAACCAGAGAAAAAUUUGGAUUGCCCUGAGCUUAUUUCAGAAUUCAUGAAGACCUACAAGAAAAGCAGUGGCGGGACCUCCACACCCAGCAGUGGGGCCAGCAAAUCAAACACGGCCGCCUCUGGACGCUCCAAAGAUUCUAGCAGCUCAAAGAAGAGGAGCUCGGAUGAUGACGAGGAAGGUGGAAGUAAGCCCAAGAAGAAAAAAGAGGAUGACAUUCUAGUCGCACGUGGCUUUGAGAGAGGACUUGAGCCGGAGAAGAUCAUUGGAGCAACAGACUCGUGUGGAGACCUCAUGUUUCUUAUGAAGUGGAAAGACUCUGAUGAGGCUGAUCUCGUGCUCGCAAAGGAGGCCAAUCAUAAGUGCCCACAGAUUGUCAUAGCCUUCUAUGAGGAACGUCUCACCUGGCAUGAAGACAGUGACAAGAAGGAGAAGGAUGCAGUCAGUGCGUGAGUGUAUCGCCUCAGGAGGAAACGGGACCUCUUCACUGCAGGGACAACCUUGAGUCGGACAUUUUUCACAUCCUAAACUCCCAACCUUCAAUUUUUACCAUGUCCAGCAAUGACACACACAAAUUUUGGACACUGUGUUAUCUCCAUCCAAGCCUCAUUGGAGCACACGGGCCCAGACUACUAAAAAGGAUCCAUCAUUCAGGAGGAGAAGCUGUAGUUGACAUGGGUGAUAUGCUACUGGGGAGAGUUUAUACUAUUCUGUCUUUGUAUUCUUUACUUUCUUCAAAAAAAAAAAAAAAAUUUAACACAUUGUUUUAGUGCUUACAGGAUACGAUUAUGUUAGUGUUGAAAAUCAGAGUUGGUAAAGGCUGUGUUAACCCAGAGUGUGUUCCAUUGUGGGUUCACAACUUUUAAUUUGCUAUAAACGGUGUACCUCUUCUUUUUAAGAACCCAGCUGACACCACAAAGAUGGAAACAUUUUUUAUUUUUUAAAGUCAGGAAGCCGCCGCCGCACUUUCCUGACUGCAUAAUCGCUUCCUUUUAAAAGGAAAAACUUCGAUAUCAUAGGUUUCUCAUUUGCCAGGAUGGAUUUACUCAGUUUUUUCAUAAUGUAAUUCAUAAUGUAGUGGUGGGUUGUUUUUUGUCUUGUGUGUGGGUGUUUUUUUUUUUUUUUUUAAAUAACAAAGUUUUAUUUUCACGUUCAAAUAUACCGGUCUAUACAAAUAUACAUUACCACAUCAACAGCUAACCCAAAGGACAGUAAAACCAAUUAUGCACAUUUUUUUUUCCCUUUUAAAUAAGCGUUUUUGUUUUGUUUGUUUGUUUUGGGGUUUUUGUGUGUUCAAGUCUGACAAUCUUCUAUGUAUCCAAGUGAAAUGAAGCCAGGGUUGUGCCUGUCAUUAGGGUCUGCCACCUUGUGGCCAAAAGAUGUAAACCUUGAAUGUGUGACCAAUCCCUAUGACAACCCUGUGGUUUUAAUAGUUGUUGUUAGUCAUCUUUUGAUUUUUAUGUUAAAUGGUUAUUGACAUUGCCAUAAUUUCAAACAUUAAAGCAAGCUUUGAACUGAA